UUCACACGCGCCAAGAUUUAGAGAUGAUCGCGCGCUGGCAAAAACAUUGAGCCAAUUCAACACCUCAAGUCUUACAAAUUUUUCGCGUGAUCCGCCUUGACAAUGGUGGUGCCGUAUAUCGACACACCGCGCACCGAAGUCGACGGAAACGCGACUUACCUGACCAAUGGCUUUCGCAGCGUCGGACGGCACAACCUAUCGGCGCUCGAUUCGGUCGAGAACUCGUUCCAGACACCCUCCAAAGAUGAAGACCUCCUAAAAGGACUCGGUGAUGAUCGAAGACGAAGCUCCAGCGGAUUCAAACUCAGUACACCGCGUGCAGGCACCGGUUCCAAAUCGACGAGAAACGCGUUGAACGGCCGGCAUCACCUUCCGACAGCAGCACCUCCCAAGGGAGAAUUUACUCCAUUGAUGCGGAGUGCUGCAAAGAACAAUUUCUUACGAAACAUGUCCACGGCGAGGGGCAACGGCCACAAAACCCCAGGAUAUAUGAAGGAAGGUCGCAGCAAUAUCCAUACCCCCGGGCUUCCGAGUUACGAUAUGACUGGUAUCGACGAGGAGGAUGAAACCGACGACCAGCCCACUCCCCUACCGCAGGUUGCGAGCAGUAGUGUGCAAAGUACACCCCUUCCGGGGUUAUCGGGUAGAGGCGGGAAUGGUCUCUUGAACGAUGGGCAGAACAUGACCCUGAAGGAACAAGAAAAGGUAAGCGUUGCUUUCAUGUAUUCUUUCCAUAGCUGUUAAAACGGUGCAACUGACCUAUGUAGAUAAUCGACAAACUAGACAAGGAUAACUUCGGCCUGAAGUUAAAGAUUCACUAUUUGCAAGAGCAACUAGAGAAAGCAGGCCCGUCGUACAAUCAAGCGGCGCUCAAAGAAAACACCGAGCUCAAGGUGUCGAAGCUUACGAUGCAACGAGACAUCUCCCGAUAUAAGAAGAGUCUCCAACAGGCAGAACGCGACCUCGAAGCCUACCGCGUGCAAUUUCAAGAACUCCGGGA